AUGAGUCCAAAAACAAAUAUUCCUUUGCUCAAUUUGACUAAGAUAAUAGUUGGAAUUGUGGCCUUUUCACAAGGAGUAUAGCAUUUAGCAGAUUUAUCAAUUUAAUAUUUAUACAAAGAUGAUUUUCAUGUAUCACCUAGUAAGAUGGGAGUAUUUAUUGGACUAUCAUAAUUACCAUGGUAUUUUUGUUAAUUAGUUAUCCAUAGGAUAAUUAAGCCUAUUUGGGGAAUAGUUUGUGAUUCCUUUCCAAUUUUUGGAUCAAAAAGAAAAGCAUAUAUUGUGUGCUGUGGUUUUUUAAGUUUUUUAGGAUGGCAAUUAAUGGCAUACAUUGGAGUUGAUAAUGUUUAUGUAGCUGUUACUUUACUUAUUAUGAUAUCAUCAUCUGUUUGCAUAUGUAACGUAGUUGGAGGUAAAAAUAUGUUGAACUGUAGAGGCUUUAAUGGUAGAAUAGUGUGCAAAUGAUCAUGCAGCAAAUAAUGUUUCAGUAUUCUUUGGAUUCAAAGCUGUAGGUGGGUUGAUUAGUGCAUAUUUUUCAGGAAUGUUACUUAUGUAUUUAACUAAAAAAUAAAGUAAUUUUUGAAAUGAGAAUUAGUAUUUAUAAUCAAUAGUUUGUUUCCAUUAACGAUGGCAUUACUUUCUUUGAAAUUGAAAGAGACUCAAUAAACUCAAUAAUCAUAAAAUCUAAAGGAAGUAUUGAAUAUUUUCUGGAAAUUCUUUUCUAAUCCUAAAAUUUAUUAGUAAAAGCUUAAUCUAAUUUAAGAGACCUGUAUUGUUAAUUUUAGCAUUCAUGAUGGUACCUUCAAGUAGUUCAAUAAUGUUUUAUUUCUAUACUGAAGUCUUGCAUUUCACUCCUAAAU